AUGAUAUUUAGUUCUAAAUGCUUAAAAUAUUGUAUAAUAAGAAAUUCCUUUUUCAUAAAAAAAAAAAAUCUAAUAAAAUUUGUUCAUGGAAGAAAUCUAAAAUUUUUUCAUUUAAGUAACAUUUAUAAAAAUUUAAAAGUAGAAGAAGAUUAUUUUUAUAUCAAUCCCUUACGAAAACUUAGUUGUAUUGGUUGUGGUGAGUUUUUGCAAACAACUAAUGAAAAAAAAAGUGGCUAUGUUCCAUUUAGUGUUUAUGAAAAAUACAGUAAUGGAAGAUUAAAAUUCUAUACCAAAGUAAAAGGAGAAGAAGUAGAUUCAAUUCCAGACGGUGUUAAAGUUGAUGUUAAUAAUUUCUCUAAUUUUAGAGUAAAAACAAAAAUUGUUUUAUGUAAAAGAUGCUAUAGAUUACAACAUUAUAAAAUUGCUGAUGUAAAAUGUGAAGUUGAUAUUAAUAGAAUUGAAAAUAUAAUAAAAUGUAGAAAACAGUUACAAGAGGAUAUUAAGAAAAAAGCAGAAAAUACGAAAAAAAAAUCUUUAGAAAAAGCAGAAAAAAAUAACAAUGAAUCAGAAAAUGAAGAAACUAAAAACGAAAAUAAAAAUUACUACAAUAAUAUAAAUAAACAUGAUAUUAAUAAUAAUAAUAAUGAUAAAAGUGAUAUCUUUGAAAAGGAUGAAAUGAAAAAAAAUUUAUCAAGUGAAAGUAGUUGCAAUAAAUUAAAUGGGAACAAAGAAGGUGUAUUUAAUAAUUGGAAUAAUGAAAAAUAUGAUAAAAUUAAUUUUAACAAUAUGGUAUUUAUAAACAAAAAAAUGAAUAAAUAUUUUAAAAAUAUUUUAAAAGAUAAUAAAAAUCAACAGGAAUACGAUUAUUCUAAAGAAAAAACAAGAGAUUUUCAAAAAAUGGAAGCCAGUAAUACAAAAAAUGGAAGUAUCAUACAAAUGCAAACGAAAGAUAGUUAUACUGACAAAAAGAAUAAAGAAAUAGAAUAUCCAACUCCAAAUGAUAAAACUGAAAAAGUUAUUUCUAAAAAAUUAAAUAAUGAGGAAUUUAAAAAAGAAGAAAGUUAUUAUCAGGAUAAUUCGUAUAACAUUGAUAAAAGAAGUAUUAAUAUUUAUGAAAAGAAAGAUAUAUUAAAAAAAAGAAAUGAUGCUAAAAUGUUAGAUGUAGAAAAGAUGGAUAUAAGUACAGCUAAAUAUAUAGAAGGAGAUAGAAACCACAUAAUGAAUAACUUAAUUAAAAAAAUGAAAAAAAAAUCUUUAGUUUUAUAUUUAAUUGAUAUCACCAAUAUUGAAAAUACAAUACUUCCUGAACUAUACAUAGGUUGCAAAAAUAAAGAUAUAAAUAUAAUUUGGCUGGUAAAUAAAGUAGAUUGUUUACCCAAAUCAACUAAUUUAGAAAUUGUGAAAAUGUGGUUUCGAAAUUUAGUUAGGCAAAUAAAGAAUUCUCAUAUAAAUGAUUUAAUAUUUAUAUCUGCACUAAAAUUUUAUAAUUAUAAUAUUUUGGAAGAAAGAAUGAAAUACUAUGUAGAUUUAGAUAAAGGAAUUGAUAUAUAUAUUGUUGGAUGUGUAAAUGUUGGAAAAUCUACUUUUAUUAAUUCAUUUUUAAAGUAUAUAAAUUAUAAACAUAUUGGAGAUAUUUAUAACAAAAGAAAAAAAGGGGGUGUUACAACUUCGAGCAUUCCAUAUACAACUUUAAAUUAUAAUGUAUUUAAAUUAAAAAAAAAUAUAAAUAUUAUUGAUACAAUUGGGAUACCAACAAAAUAUCAGUAUUCUUCUAUAUUAUAUAAAGAUAUUGAUUUAAACAGUAUAAGUAUAAAUAAAAGAAUACAACCAUUUACGUAUAAAUUAAAAGAAGAUUCUUCUAUAAUUUUAGGAAGCUUAUGCUAUAUCAAUUUAAUUUAUGGAAACUUUUGUUUAUUAACAUUUUAUAUGUCUAAUAAAGUUACUAUUCAUAUGUGCAAAAGUGAAAAAAUUCAGGCUUUUCUAGAAAAAAAAAAAUGUUCUUUUUUAUAUCCACCUCAUAUAAAAGAUGAUUUUGAUUUAUUAAAACCAUUUGUUAAACAUACUAUUAAAGUUUAUGGAAAGGAUUUUGAAAGUGUAGAUGAUAUUGUUAUAUCUGAUUUAUGUUGGUUUUCAUUAACAGGCCAGGGUAUAAAGGUACUAGAAAUUUUCGCACCCAAAAAUAUCAAAAUAUAUAGGAGACCAUCAAUGAUAACUGACGCCAUUAAACAUACCCAAAUUGAUGUAUUUAAAUAUAAAUCUUAUCGGGGAAGAACAAGCAAAAUUUUGAAAAAGAAAAAAAAAUUAAUUGAAGAGUUAGAUAGAUUAUCCCCAAAUAGAAGAGUGGAAAUGAAAAAUCUUACCUUGCAAAGAGAAAAGUCACAACUUGAAAACUUAAAUAAUUUCAAUGAAACAUCUAUUAUUAGUGAUAAUAAAGAUAUAGAAAAUAUUGUACAUUAUUUAUAA